AUGCUCAACGUUGGUGGCCGUUUGGCAUGUAUUCCGUGUUACGAUGUUGCUCGCAGCGUUGAAUGUGUGACUGAAAUUUGGUUGCUAGAGGAAUGCCGUGAAAAGAAUCAAGUUUUGGUCAAAGAGAAGAUAUGUUUCCAAGAGAUGCCGUUUGAGAAAAUAUCUGGUGGUAGGAACUGGGGGGUUUCUCCAAUGGGGGAA